AUGGCCGCCGCGGCGCCGCCGCUCCCGCCCUCUCCCUCGAGGAUGGCGCCGCCGCCGCCGCCGGAUUUGACCGCCUUCGCGACGCAGUCCGUGACCGUGAGUGAUAGUGGCGGCUCCGAGAACGACCUGAGCUUCGCGUCGCUCGUCUCUGUGGCGUCGCUCGAGGCCAAUAUUGAAGAAGAUGAACAAGCGCCCGCCGUCGUCGAGCCGCGCCCGGGCCCCGUGACGCGGGGCGGCCAUGGCGCCCCUAAAAGGCGCUACGACGAGUCCGAGUCGUCGACGGACGUCGCCGCGGCGCCCAAGAAGGCCAAGGUGAAGGACGAGCCGAAGCGCCGGGGCAAGUGGACGGCGCCGGAGGAGGCCUACGCGAACGUCAUCAUUGAUUUAUUUGUGGCGGGCAAGUUUCCGGGUUGUAGCGGCGGCGAGUCGUUGCGAGCGCUGCUGUCGAAGUUAUUGCUGUGUGCGGGGCGGCGUCCUCCAAUCAAAACGCGGCGAUGGCGUAGCGAGCGUCACGCCGUCGACGCGCAUCACGAGCGUGACGACAAACGCAGGCACGCCCAUGCGCAUCACGAAGAAGUUCUCAAGGACGCGCCUCAUCGGCAAGUCGAGCUACAAGCGCGCCGGCGAGGCGUCGCCCGACGAGAUCGCGACGCUCGAAGGCGCGCGGCGGGCUUUUCGGAGACACGCGGAGCUGCCGGACGAGUCCGAGGGCGAGCGGCCGCCCGUCCAGCUCGAUGCUUGGGUGACCACCCAAGGUUUCGACCCGAGCGAGAUGGCGGGGGGCAACCUCGAGCACUCGCUGCGGGGCGGCGGGCUGUCCGUCUCGAACCAAGCACCCACGGUCACGCCGCGCGCCGAGUCGUCGGCGUCGUGGUCCUUGUUCAACCAGCAGCAGCAGCAAACGAGGGCGCCGGCCGCCGUUAGAGCUCACGUGUGCGGCUACACCAAGGACCGCAAAACGUUCGUAAGGGUCGUCGCGCGCAACGACGCAGACUUCCUGUUGGUGCUGGCGCAGCAAUUAGCUUUACAUGGUGCUGUUGUCGCCAAUUUACGCUUCAACGCCGAGUCGGGCGUCGCCUGGGCGAGAGUCGAAGUGCGCGCGUCCGACGACGCGCCCCUCGCCCAGGACAAGCUCAAGGCCCUCGAGGCGUCGUUUCUGACCGCUUUGCGCAAGAAGAACACGGAAGCCGACGCGUCGCGCUCGUCGUCGAUGCCGGAGCCGCCGCGGCCCGUCUUCCGCGCGCCGCCGCCGCCGCCGCCGUUCCGCGCGCCGCCGCCUGUCCAGUACGCGCCGCCGCCUCCACAACAACCGCCGGUCCCGCCGCUCGGCGCCGCGCUCGCGGCGCCGCACCCGGCCUUCGCGUCGCAACCGGCCGCGGCGCCGGGCGCGUUCACGUUGCCCGCGAACGUACCGCGCCCGCGUCCUCGUACGCUGGUGCCUUCGACCGAUUGGCGCAACGGUAGCGCGUCAGAUUCCAGUCCUGAAGGUUACGCGUUCGAAUCGCGUAUCGGUCACUAAUAACGGCGAGAGCGGCGUUGACGGUACACCCACAGGCAAGCUUCCGCCCGCUCUCGGCGGAGGAGCAGCGCGCCGUCCUGGCGCCGCACUACGGCCUCUAGCGAGGCGGUCUCCCAUCGGAAAUCCAACCACGCGAACCUGCACAUAUCCCUUUGUGACCACGAAGUCGCUGGUGCCACGAGCUUGCCUCUCGCUCGGAAAACACGGCGCAAACGCCCCGCCCUGUACAUAGAUAAUCCUAUUGGUAGUUA